UCCAGUACCCACCGACCCAUCACUGCUCCUCGUACGCGCGCUGCGAGCAGUAGCACGGCCACCAACACGAACACGAACACGAACACGAACAUGCCCCAGCCGCCGCUCCCCGCCGCCGCCGCCGCCGCCGCCGCGCGCCUCUGCGCCUCGCUGCUGAUCGCCUCGGUUUUGACCGCCAUGCCGGGACCCUCGCGUUGUGACCGCGGCGCCGUGCUCCGGCGCGUCGGGGGCGACCGCCAGCCGGACCUCGACGCGGGCUCCCCACGCCCGAGGAGAGCGCUGUCCCGGGAGAAGCAAAUGUCUCUGCACAGCAGCUCCUUCGUGCUGAAAGGGGACGCGACCCACAACCAGGCGAUGGUCCACUGGACCGGGGAGAACAGCAGCGUCAUUCUCAUUCUGACCAAGUACUACCAUGCCGACUCCACCAAGGUGUUGGAGAGCUCUCUGUGGAGAUCCAGCGACUACGGCACCACCUACACGAAGCUCAACUUGGUGCCAGGGACCACCAUUGUGGUGACCAGCUUCUACAUCUGCCCCACCAACAAGAAGAAGGUGGUCCUGGUGGGCUCCUCGGUGAACGAGCGCGAUCAGAUGCUGUUCAUCAGCACCGACGAGGGGUCCUCUUUCCAGCGGCAGACCAUCUUCUUCACGCCUGACUCGCUCGUCUUCCACCCCAAGGAAGAGGACAAGCUCCUGGCCUACUGCAAGGAUGGAAGGCUUUUCGCCUCUGCAGAUUUGGGCCGCAAGUGGACUUUGCUUCAGGAGCGGGUGACCAAAGAUCGUGUAUCCUGGUCUUUACCGGAGGUGGAUGUGGAUCCUGAUCUUGUGCACAUGGAGAUGCAGGACACAAGUGGAGGAUAUCUGUAUGUCACCUGCCUCAUCCAGAACUGCUCUGACAAGAUGGUGACUGCUCAGUUCUUGGGCAAAAUUGACCACAACUCUCUGUCGGUGCAGGACAACUACAUUUUUGUCAAGGUGACCACAGGGAAUCGCACCAAGCACUAUGUGUCGUAUCGACGCAACGAGUUUGUCCAAAUGAAGUUUUCCAAGUACGCCUUGCCAAAGGAUGUUCAGAUUGUAAGCACGGACGAGAACCAGGUCUUCCUGGCCUUGCAGGAGUGGCACCAGACGGACACUUACAACCUCUACCAGUCGGACUCACAGGGCGUCUAUUACUCCAUCGUCUUGGAGAAUGUCCGCAGUACCAAGCAGCCCGAGGAGAACGUCCUCAUUGACAUACUGGAGGUCCGAGGAAUCAAAGGUGUCUUCCUGGCCAAUCAGAAGCUCGACGGCAAGGUGAGGACUCUCAUCACUUACAAUAAAGGACGAGAUUGGGAGCCUUUGACCCCGCCCGCCACGGACAUGAACGGCAAGACUAUCACCUGCAAAGCGCCCGACUGCCAGCUCCACCUGCACCUGCGGUGGGCAGACAACCCUUACGUGUCGGGGACAGUCCACACCAAAGAAUCUGCUCCAGGUCUCAUCAUGGGAGCGGGUAACCUUGGCUCCAAGCUGGUGGAGUACAAAGAGGAGAUGUACAUCACGUCUGACUGUGGGAAGACAUGGAGACAGGUUUUCGAGGAGGAGCAUCACAUCUUGUACCUGGACCACGGCGGCGUGAUUGUGGCCAUCAAGGACACCUCCAUCCCGCUGAAGAUACUCAAGUUCAGCAUCAACGAGGGACAUACGUGGACGGUCCACAACUUCACCAGCACCUCGGUCUUUGUCGAUGGACUGCUGAGCGAGCCGGGAGACGAGACCCUGGUGAUGACCGUGUUCGGCCACAUCAGCUACAGGUCCGACUGGGAGCUAGUCAAAGUGGACUUCCGCCAGUCCUUCCCUCGUCAGUGUGCCGAGUCGGACUACGAGUCCUGGGAGCUCACAGACCUUCAGGGACAAAAGUGCAUCAUGGGCCAGACGAGGACAUACCGGAGGAGGAAAGAGACAGCAUUUUGUGUCAAAGGGAAGAGCUACACAUCCGCUCUCAGCACCGCAUCCUGCCAGUGCACCGAGCAGGACUUCAGCUGCGACUACGGUUUCGAGAGAUCCCACGCCGAGAGCGAACGCUGCUUUGCUGAUUUUUGGCACAAUCCAAACCUGCCGCCGGAUGACUGCCACGUGGGAAGAACCUACGAGUCUAGCACGGGGUACCGCAAGGUAGUGUCAAAUGUGUGUGAAGGUGGUCUGAACAAGGAGCAAAGUGACAAACAAAGCAACUGCCCUCUGCUGCCCCCUAGAAGGCUGCAAGUGGGCAUAAAAGGGCAGAUGCCAGCCGUUGCCCCCGGUGAUGACAUCACAUUCAUUGUCCACCAGGAGGAGGGGGACACGAGCAGCACCAAGUACCAGGUGGACCUCGGCGAUGGCUUCCGGGCCAUCUACAGGAACCUGACGGUGACGGAUGAACCCAUCCAGCACCGCUAUGGGAGUCCGGGCAUUUACAAAGUUUCCGUGCAGGCGGAGAACAUGGCAGGGCGUGACAAGGCCUCCAUAUACAUCCAGGUCACAGCACCUCUACAAGAAGUGCACCUGGAAGUGAUCCCCAUUGCUGGGAGAAACCACCAAGUCAACCUGACGGCCAUUGUCCUCCCCGCCGAAGCCAACCUGACUGUCUUCUACUGGUGGGUUGGGGACUGCCUGCAGCCGACGCUGACUUUGCAGAACAGCAUGCUGACGAGUUUCCCAGAAGCAGGCGAGAUUUCCGUCACCGUCCAAGCCUCCAACGGGAGAUCCAUGGUACAGGACACCAGAACGGUCCGUGUCUAUGAUAACUUCCACGUCAUUCCUCUGAGCUUCAGCAGACACCUGGACCGCAUCAACCCAAACAUUGCAGAGUGGCGAGAGGACGUGGGUCAGGUCGUCACCAAGAUACUGGCAAAGGUCACAGGUGUGCCCCUGGAGUCCUUGGUUACCGUGGUGAAGGCGGGCCUCCCCACAACAGCCGAGCUGUACGUCCUCCCAGAGGAGAGCGCCCCGGCCAAGCGGAGCGUCUUCCAAGAUAAGCGUGUUCCCGCCAUCAUGCAGGCUUUCAAAGACAACAACGUGAGCUUUGUGGUCCGAGGAGGCCUGCAGGUGCUGGUGCUGCCAGCGGACCCAAACGCAGGCCACGGAGCUGCCGGUGGUCCUGGUGUGUGGGCGGUGGCCGUCAUCUUCCUGGUCAGCGUCAUUGCCACGGCUUCGUUUGUCCUCUACAAGUUCAAGAGUCCUUGGCUCAGGGCUGAGGAGGUCUAUCCCCCACUGUUUUUCAGAAAGCUGCCGGGCAGCCGCAGCGUCUACGCCCAGAUGCACAAUGAGAAGGAGCAGGAGAUGACCAGCCCUGUCAACCACAGCGAGGACACGCAGCACAUCAUCCAGGGCGAGGAGUUCAUCGACGACGACUUGGACUCGCAGACUCUAGGUAACGCCAGAGGUAGCUCCGCCUUCCGCUCCCUUAUACGGACUACCACUAACCACUGCUACUAAACACCUGACACUAAAGGUACUGGAAGACUUUGGUAUGACUCAUAAUAAAUUUUUUUGCAUGAAUAAAUUAGCCUGCAGUUUUUUUUUUAUGAUUUAAAUCCAAACAUUUCCAAUCAGAUAUGCAAAUACGCCUGUUUUCCUUUACUAUAUCGCCCUGUCUUGUUGCUAGGCAACCAUUCAGGUGUGGUCCUGAGCGUCAACUCCAGAGAACUCCACAGCUACCUGAGCAGCUGAUUGCUGCCAUGGCAACGUCCGACCAGCACUUCCUUCUCCUUUUCCUCCGGGAUACUCUACUUUUCCAAACGUGGUGGAGGGACUGUAUCCACGGGCUCCUUCUUCCAAGGGAUGGCAGCCAUGUUGCUUUUUAACCACGUCUCGUAACAACACCGGUAUGAUGCUGAGCAAACUUUGUGAGUUCUUGGGUUGGGGUGUCCAAACUUUGUCUUCAGGGGGCCAGAAAAGGUACGCCAGGCAAUAUAUACCACAGUUAUCUGGACCAAACAAUAGCUUUGCUAUACAUGACAGAGCAAAUAGUUACAGUAAAUUAUAUUUGACAUCAUGUUCACAAGUAGGGAUGUCCGAUAAUAUCGGCCUGCCGAUAUUAUCGGCCGAUAAAUGCGUUAAAAUGUAAUAUCGGAAAUUAUCGGUAUUGUUUUUUUUAUUAUCGGUAUCGUUUUUUUUUUGUUUUUUUUUAAUUAAAUCAACAUAAAAAACACAACAUACCCUCACAAUUAGUGCACCAACCCAAAAAACCUCCCUCCCCCAUUUACACUCAUUCACGCAAAAGUGUUGUUUCUUUCUGUUAUUAAUAUUCUGGUUCCUACAUUAUAUAUCAAUAUAUAUCAAUACAGUCUGCAAGGGAUACAGUCCGUAAGCACACAUGAUUGUGCGAGCUGCUGUUCCACUAAUAGUACUAACCUUUAACAGUUAAUUUUACUCAUUUUCAUUAAUUACUAGUUUCUAUGUAACUGUUUUUAUAUUGUUUUACUUUCUUUUUUUAUUCAAGAAAAUGUUUUUAAUUUAUUUAUCUUAUUUUAUACAUUUUUUAAAAACAGUACCUUAUCUUCACCAUACCUGGUUGUCCAAAUUAGGCAUAAUAAUGUGUUAAUUCCACGACUGCAUAUAUAGGUUGAUAUCGGUAUCGGUAAUUAAAGAGUUGGACAAUAUCGGAUUUCGGCAAAAAGCCAUUAUCGGAUAUCCCUAUUCACAAGGGUUACGUUCUAAGAAUGGGUUAGGGUUGGAUGGCGAAAAAUACCCAUAGAAGGCCCCAAAAUGCAUAUAUUUGAUACUGUAAGGCAGGGGUGCUCAUUACGUCGAUCGCGAGCUACCGGUCGAUCUCGGAGGAUGUGUCAGUCGAUCACCAGCCAGGCAUUAAAAAAAUAAUCUUAAAAAUGAGCGAUCAUAAAUCUUCACUAUGACGUCACUUUCGUCACUUGAUUGACAUUCACGGCACCCGAGGGUCUUCUGAAAUGACGCUGGCUGCUGCCAGGUCAUUAAAAUUACUGACUGGAAGGCGAGAAACACUUUAUUUCAACAGACUCUGGCGCCGUACCUGUCGUCAAAACUCCAAAGACCAACUGCACAGUUGCACAGUUGCGCUAACAAAAUAAGAGUCUCAGAAAGCUUGCGUGCACAAGCUAGCAAGCUACGGUGUUUGCCAACAAUGUAUUUCUUGUAAAGUGUAUACAAAGGAGUACGGAAGCUGGACAAAUAAGAUGCCAAAAACCAACCACUUUCAUGUGGUAUUGGACAGAAAGGAGGACUUUUUUUCUCCUCCAUUCGAAAAUGCAGACGUUAUCAGCACCACUGUCUGAUUCCAAUCAAUGCAAAAGUCAUCAGAAUCAGGUCAUACACCAACUUAUAUUCUUGUCUUCAUGAAAGAAAGGAAUCUAUAUGUGUUAAACAUGCUUGUAUUAUCUUUAAACACCUUUAACUUGUUAACAAUAUUAACUAUAUGUGUUAAACAUGCUUGCAUUAUCUUUAAACACCUUUAACUUAUUAACAAUAUUAACUAUAUGUGUUAAACAUACUUGUAUUAUCAUUAAAUACCUUUAAUUUAUUAACAAUAUUAACUAUAUGUAUUAAACAUACUUGUAUUAUCAUUAAACAACUUUAAUUUAUUAACAAUAUUAACUA